AUGAAACCCUCACGCAGAUCGAAGGGAAAAUCCGAGGCCAAGAAGUACCUCAAGCCUGGAGCUCUGGCGCAAUUGCGAGAUGCCAAGCGCAGCACCAGAUCUUCUUGUUUGGCCGCUGUCCAUGAGACUCGAACUCGGGGCCUCAAUAACCUCACUGAUGCUGAUCCACAAGAAGUAGAAAUGAUGCCCUGCUUCAGCAACAGGACUUUUGGCCCUGCUUUUACUCAGAGAAAAAAGUUGGUAGCGCAGAAAGAUUUCCUUCUUGUCCCUGCCUCCCAACAAGAAAUCACUGUAAGUGCACUUCACACAGAAGAAAUCACUGGAAAUAGGAUGCUCACACAAGAAAUCAGAGCAACUCCAAUGCCGACUCAAGCAGAGGAUCAUAAUACACUCUCCGACUUGCCUUUAUUGGAUACAUUACCUUCGGAUAUAUUGACUGUUCAUUAA